AUGGAUCGCAUGAAUAAGAUUCCAUAUGCAUCUGCAAUAGGAUCUAUCAUGUAUGCCAUGUUAUGUAAUCGACCAAAUGUCUUGUAUGCUUUAAGUGGAACGAGUAGGUACCAAUCUGAUCUCGGUGAUGCUCAUUGUGUAGCUGUCAAGAACAUCCUUAAGUACUUGAGAAGAACUAACGACUCAUUAUUGGUAUAUGAAGGUCAAGAAGAGCUUGCUGUAAUUGGAUACACCGAUGCUAGCUUCCAGACAGAUAAGGAUAAAUUUAUAUUGCAGUCUGGUUAUGUGUUCUGCUUAAAUGGUGACAUUGUAAGAUGGAAAAGUUCAAAGCAAGAUACAGUUGUUGUUUCUACAACUGAGACCGAGUACAUUGCUACCUCAAAUGCAGCAAAUGAAACAAUUUGGAUCAAGAAGUUCAUUAGGGACCUUGGCAUAGUCCCUAGCAUUGUGGAUCGCAUUGAUCUCUAUUAUGAUAACAAUGGUGCUAUCGCACAAGCUAAGAAGUCUAGAUCUCACCAAAGAUCCAAACACAUACUUAUGUGA